ACUAACGAAAGUGUGCUGUCUAUAAAGGAUGGAAGUAUUUCUUGAUGUUUGUUUGGAAUAAUAUUUUAGUAGGGUUUAUUAUGAACUUGAAGCCCAGGAAGAACAGUAUCGUCUUAAUUAAUCAUCUAAUAGAAGUAAAUGUUAAAUCAAAUAACGAUGGCCGAAAGUUUGAGGAACGUAUUUCAUGUGGUUAUUGGUAAUAUGCAACAAGCUUUGCAGCAAUUGGAAGGUGGAGAAGGAAUGGAUAAGUCAGACUGUGAAUUUAACCUUGAUGAUUUCUGGCUCAAAUUGCGUGUUGCAGCUAAGUGCAUAUCAAAUGAAGUGACAAAACUGUGCUUGACUUUCUCCAAGCCUCCAUUACCUAGUGUGACAGAGUUACGUGAAAUGUUGAAAGUAUUAGAGACUGCAUACCUAGAAAUGUUGUCAACGUUUUAUAGUCUGCCAAAAUGUUGUGGCUUGAUGUUGCGGAAAGAAGUAAACAUGACAGUGUUACAAAUCAUGGAGUCGCUGACCACUGUAGUCUUGUCUUUGCAAGAAAAAGGAGAUAAGGCACAGAAAAACAGAUUGAUGCUAACAGGACGUGUGUGGGAUGCAUGUGAAGCCGUGGAAAGUUUACCUCAGAAUAAUUUCCAAGUAACUUGCAAGAUCAUGCAGAGAGAAGAAGGUCUUGUGCUAGAUGCAGUGCAGGAAAUAGAAGAGGAGGUUGCAGCAGACCAAAGUGACAACAAUAAGACUUGGAAUCACAAAGAUCGGGAGUUGCUAUUUCCUUGCAUUGGGUUGGUAAAAGCUGCACGCUCAUCCUUGAAGAGAACAGACACAGCUUUGCGAAUGAAAGGAAAAUCUGAAACAGAACAGCAAGUUUCACAAUUGGACGAUCUGGUGUCCGGAGUUAAAAAAAUCAGUCCUGCAGUGGAUGAUCUGAUCUCGUCUUUGUAUCCUCCCAUGAACAAAGAUGCAGUCAGAAGUACUGCUGCUGUGCUCAAGACUCAAAUACAAGCCCUCUUGCAUAUGGUGAAACAGAGUCACUACACUAAUGAAGAAGACAACAGUUGGAUUGAAUUCCUACUAAAUGCUGUUGAUCACAAUAACAAUAAACUACAACCAUUACUAGUUUCUUAAAAUGCAGGACAUGGCCAUUUAAUCAGCAUAAAGUGGAAAGUAAAUUUUAAUGUACAUGCUGACUUUUGACUGCAACCUGAUUCUGUGAACUUUGUGUUACAUACUUUCAGCCUUUUAUUGCUCUGAAAUAAAGUGCAAUAGAAACACUAA